AUGUUGCGUGCUGCGUGUUCUUCUCGUUUUGCCGGUUCUGCGUUUAAGUUACUUGCUCGGGGUGCUGCUAAGGAUGUCAAGUUUGGUGCCGAAGCUCGAGCUGCAAUGCUUGUUGGCGUUGACGUCCUUGCAGAUGCCGUUGCGGUCACAAUGGGUCCAAAGGGGCGAAAUGUGAUACUUGAGAGCCAGUGGCGGUCGCCGAAAAUCACGAAGGACGGCGUCACAGUGGCUAAGGGCAUUGACAAGGGCGCUAAUCCUAUCGAAUUUCGACGAGGUGUUAUGAUGGCAGUUGAUGCUGCCGUGAAGCAUCUGAAGGAGAUGUCAAGACCUGUUACCACUCCCGAGGAGGUAGCGCAGGUGGCUACCAUUUCCGCGAAUGGUGAUACAUCCAUUGGUGAUCUUAUAUCAGAUGCAAUGAAACGAGUGGGGAACGAUGGUACAAUCACUGUUAAGGACGGCAAAACUCUGUUUGAUGAAAUUGAGUACAUUGAGGGAAUGAAGUUUGAUCGUGGCUAUAUCUCUCCUUAUUUCAUCAACACUGAGAAGGGUGCUCGUUGCGAGUUUCAGGAUGCUUGUGUUCUUUUUUGCGAAAAGAAAAUAAAUAACAUACAGGUCCUCAUACCCAUCUUGGAAGCAGUUCAUCAACAAAAGAAGCCGCUUGUUAUUGUCGCGGAGGAUGUGGAGGGCGAGGCGCUCACUGCUCUCGUUCUUAAUCGUUUGAAGCUUGGUCUCCAAGUCUGUGCUGUCAAAUCACCAGGUUUUGGGGACAAUCGAAAGAAUACCCUUCGCGAUAUGGCCAUUGCGUCGGGUGGUGUGGUCUUUGGUGAUGAGGCGGAUAUGUACAAACUUGAGGACGCUCAACUGCAGGAUUUGGGUAGAGUUGGCGAGGUCGUGAUCACUAAGGAUGACACCUUGUUUAUGCGUGGACAGGGUAAUAAGGCCGAUAUUGAGAAACGCAUUUCUCAAAUUCGAGAUGAGAUUAGCGCCAGUAGUAGCGACUAUGAAAAGGAAAAAAUGCAAGAACGUCUGGCGAAAUUGUCCAAUGGUGUUGCUGUUAUCAAAGUUGGUGGAAGUAGUGAGGUAGAGGUUUCCGAGAAGAAGGAUCGUUAUACUGACGCUUUGAACUCGACCCGGGCCGCUGUUGAGGAGGGUAUCGUACCGGGGGGUGGAGCUGCCUUGUUGCGAUGCAUUGAAGUUCUUGAUAAGAUUGAGGUCAAGAACAAUGAUCAGCAGAUUGGCAUAGACAUCGUAAAGAAGGCUCUUGAAACUCCAGCUUUCACUAUUGCGCAUAAUGCUGGCGUUAAUGCCUCUGUUGUCGUACAGAAAGUUUUGGGUAUGGAUCCCAACGGCGGCUACGACGCAAUGAACGAUAAAUACGUUGAUAUGAUUGCCGCUGGAAUCAUUGAUCCCACGAAGGUCGUCCGCAUAGCUCUCGUGGAUGCAGCGGGAGUCGCUUCACUUUUGACUACGGCGGAGACUGUUGUUUGCGAUAUUCCUAAAGAAGACAAUCCAGGACCAGGAAUGGGAGGUAUGGGUGGCAUGGGAGGCAUGGGCGGUAUGAUGUAG